AUAGGCCAACGAUACAUUGACAAAAAGUACUCGGACAAUUGUUGCGGCUGCCCACCAAAUUCUUGUCAUAAAAUAAGGAAAUUGGACACCAGAUGGCGGAGGCAGCCAAUGUGCGUCAGAAUCUGCAGAAUGUGCCGUCGAUCUUUGAAAUAUCAGCAGCUGAGACGCUGGACAAUCUUAUCUAUCCAGCGCUGAGCAAAGUUUUCGAUUACUUUGGCCUACGUUUGGACUUUAAGCUUUGGGGCAACAUACGCGUACGCGAAGAGCUAUCGCCGCUUGUUACAUGGAUCCUACAGUAUUUGUAUUUGCGCAAACGCGCCUCCUCCUUCGGCGAAAGCUUCUACGGACUGCAGCGCACGGCCAGCAGCACCGGAGAGCUGCUCACCCGCCGGCAACAGUUCAGCUCCGCGACGCUAUUGACUCUGCUGCCCUAUGUUGAGCGCAGGCUGCGAGCGCGCAGUGCCCAGCAUGAGGACACCUAUGCCUGGGAGUCGAAGCUGAUUAAUCUGUUCCAUGUCUAUAACGCCUCCAAGGCGGUGCACACAUUCCUGUACCUAAUCAAAUAUGCGUCCAGCCACUCGCCGCUGUUUCGUGCGCUGCGCCUGACGCUGCGCUAUCCCAGCGAACCGCCCCAGGAGGACAAGUGGACGUACUUGUUCCUCAAGAUGCUCGAAGUGCUGGCCUUCUUCCUGCAGUUCAUACAGUGGUGGUACUCGAACGAUCAGCGCCGCAAGCUGGGCGGCACACUACAAAAUCCUGAGCCCCUGCCGGAACGUGAACUGCCCCAGGAGCUGAGGGAAACAUUGCCAAAGAGCGGAGAAUGCCCCGUUUGUUUGCUGCCGCUGCAAACGCCAACAGCGUGCGCUGUAUCCGGCUAUGUCUAUUGCUGGAAAUGCAUUGUAAUGCAUCUCAAGGAGAAGGGCACUUGCCCCGUGACCAGCUAUCCGAUUACCAUUGAGGAUCUGGUGCGCAUCUAUGAAGCGUAGCAGCCCCAAAUCUGUAUUUAUA